AUGAGGUUUCUGUGCGUAGUUCUGCUGGUCGCCGGCAGCGUGUUUGCCGAUGACGACGACAAGAAGGAAAGCGUUGGGACAGUGGUUGGAAUCGACUUGGGGACUACCUAUUCCUGGUAAGCAUUCAUUUAGUAAUGAAUGGCGAAUUAAUCUUUAGUCUCAUAUGCUCAAUAAUUUGGCUAAAUGAAUAGCAUAUCAUGUCUUAAAGUGAUGUGGUUGAUACUUUCCAUGCUUAACGCUCAUCCAUACGCUUAUCCUUUCCAGUGUUGGUGUGUUCAAGAAUGGCCGUGUUGAGAUCAUUGCAAACGACCAGGGAAACCGCAUCACCCCAUCGUAUGUGGCCUUCACCGCUGAGGGGGAGCGUCUGAUCGGUGACGCCGCCAAGAACCAGCUCACCUCCAACCCGGAGAACACAGUCUUUGAUGCCAAGAGACUGAUUGGCCGAGCCUGGACUGAUUCCGCUGUGCAGCAUGACAUCAAGUACUUCCCCUUCAAGGUGAGCCCGUACACACUCCUGCCUGAUAGCCUGAACACUGUCACUAUGCAAAUCAAUUAGUACUUAUUCAGCAUAUAACUAUGCUGAAGUGGUUCUGAAAUUGUUUUUAGAGAUGUUUAAUAAUAGCUACUUUAAUCCACUAGGUUAUCGAGAAGAAGAGCAAGCCCCAUAUUCAGGUGGACAUUGGUGGUGGUCAGCUCAAGACCUUUGCUCCAGAGGAGAUCUCUGCCAUGGUUCUCACCAAGAUGAAGGAAACCGCUGAGGCUUACCUGGGAAAGAAGGUCACACAUGCUGUGGUCACUGUACCCGCCUACUUCAAUGAUGCCCAGCGCCAGGCCACCAAGGAUGCUGGAGUCAUCGCCGGCCUGAACGUCAUGAGGAUCAUCAACGAGCCGUAAGUGUAUCAUCUUCACAAUGAAGGAACUGAACUAACAUUAGACUGACUAGACCAAUAUUGAUUUAAAUCACAGAAAAUAUUUGCCAAGACCAUGCUGGUAACAUCUGUUCCACUCUUUGUAUGCCAGAACCGCAGCGGCCAUCGCCUACGGCCUGGACAAGAAGGACGGUGAGAAGAACAUCCUGGUGUUCGACCUGGGCGGCGGUACCUUCGACGUGUCCCUCCUGACCAUCGACAAUGGUGUGUUUGAAGUGGUGGCCACCAAUGGAGACACCCACCUGGGAGGAGAGGACUUUGACCAGCGUGUCAUGGAGCACUUCAUCAAGCUGUACAAGAAGAAGACCGGCAAGGACGUGCGCAAGGAUAACCGUGCCGUACAGAAGCUGCGUCGUGAGGUGGAGAAGGCCAAGAGAGGCCUGUCUGCCCAGCACCAGGCUCGCAUCGAGAUCGAGUCCUUCUUCGAUGGAGAGGACUUCUCAGAGACCCUGACCCGUGCCAAGUUUGAGGAGCUCAACAUGGUGAGUUAGUCCUCAUAGUGACAUCACGUACCACAGUCAGACCCUGCUGGCCCAUUGACCUUGGAAUAUCCAACUCAAAUUAUCACAUUCAUGUUCCACUUAGUUGAACCUCAUUCAUUUGUAAUUUUAUAAUUUGUCUUUCAGGACCUGUUCCGUUCCACCAUGAAGCCUGUGCAGAAGGUGAUGGAGGACUCUGACCUGAAGAAGACCGACAUUGACGAGAUCGUCCUGGUGGGCGGCUCCACUCGUAUCCCCAAGGUCCAGCAGCUGGUGAAAGAGUUCUUCAACGGCAAGGAGCCCUCCAGGGGCAUCAACCCUGACGAGGCUGUGGCCUACGGCGCUGCCGUGCAGGCUGGAGUGCUGUCUGGAGAGGAGGACACAGGUUGGUCUUGGUCAAUGUGCUCACGCCAUGCACUUCAUACACUAUGCUCAGUUCAGGCUGAGGUAUCUUCACAUUUCAUGAAUUAUUUUUACAUAAGGAAAUGUAGGCUAGAUGUGGGUCCAAAUAUGUAUAUCAUAGCAGUUACAUUUUCUAUCACAACUAAUGGUUUACUGUCUUGUCCAUCAGGUGACCUCGUUCUUCUUGAUGUGUGUCCCCUGACCCUGGGUAUUGAGACUGUGGGAGGAGUCAUGACCAAGCUGAUCCCCAGAAACACUGUGGUGCCAACCAAGAAGUCCCAGAUCUUCUCCACUGCCUCCGACAACCAGCCCACCGUCACCAUCAAAGUUUACGAGGGUAAGCGCCUUUGAUUCAUCACUGCCCCUUGUAGCUGCAUCCACAAAUGAUGCCGUGGCAUUUUACACAACUUUGGAUCUGGUUCUAAUUUUCUACUUCCCUCUUCCUCCAGGUGAGCGUCCCCUGACCAAAGACAACCACCUGCUGGGAACCUUCGACCUGACUGGCAUCCCCCCCGCACCCCGAGGUGUGCCCCAGAUCGAGGUCACCUUCGAGAUUGAUGUCAACGGUAUCCUGCGCGUCACAGCCGAGGACAAGGGAACGGGCAACAAGAACAAGAUCACCAUCACCAACGACCAGAACCGUCUGACGCCUGAGGACAUCGAGCGCAUGGUCAACGACGCCGAGCGCUUUGCCGACGAGGACAAGAAGUUGAAGGAGCGCAUUGAUUCCCGCAAUGAGCUUGAAAGUUACGCCUACUCGCUCAAGAAUCAGAUCGGUGACAAGGAGAAGCUGGGUGGCAAGCUCUCUGCCGAGGACAAGGAAGCCAUAGAGAAAGCAGUAGAGGAGAAGAUUGAGUGGAUGGAGUCUCACCAAGACGCUGAGCUGGAGGACUUCCAGGCCAAGAAAAAGGAGCUGGAAGAGGUGGUGCAGCCCAUCGUCAGCAAGCUUUACGGAAGUGCAGGCGGACCCCCUCCCGAGGGAGAGGCAGAGGCAGAUCAGGAUGAAAAGGACGAGUUGUAA